AUGCGACUGGGAGAACUGCCCUGCAUCCUCCUGCCCGCUGCCUUCUUGGUGGGUGACCACACCAUCUCCACUCCCUCCAGGCUCACCCACGACAUCAGCCUUGAGGAGUUUGAGGAUGAAGACCUCUCUGAGAUCACUGAUGAGUGUGGAAUCAGCCUGCACUGCAAGGAGAGCCUGGCCACCCGGGACACUCUGAAUAACAACUCUCUGGGGAAAAAGCACAGUUGGCAAGAGCGGGUGUCCCGGUCGUCAUCCCCUCUGAAAACGGGUGAGCAGACCCCUCCCCACGACCAUGUUUGCCUAAGUGAUGAGGUCAAUCACCAAAACAGCACAACCUCCACCAAAGACCGGGGCACCUCCACGGAGAGCCCGUGCCGGCGCACGGCAGCCACCCAGAUGGCACCUGCCUGCGUCGCCUCGUCCCGGCCACCCGAGAAGCACCAGGCCACCAGCCGGGCCCCGCCGCACGGCGCCAGCGUGGUGGUGGUGACGUCCAGGGACCCCGAGGCCCACCGGGACCGCAUCCGCUACCAGACCGAUGUGAGGCUGGAGGCCACGGAGGAGAUCUACCUGACACCUGUGCAGAAGAACUCGGACCCACUGGAGACCGACAAGCCAUUCCUGUCUCAGUCCAGCGAGAACCGCAUGUCCAUCAGCUCUGACAUCGACACCUCCAGCUAUUCAGCUCUGGCAGGGAAAACCAACCCUUCCAUCAGUGAGGAGGAUGAGGUGCUGGACUACAUGUCCUCCCCUGACAAGACGAACCUGCCUAGGGCCUCCGGUGGUGCUGGGAGUGGUGGCUGCCGGCCAGGGCACAACCUUCAGAGAGCCUCGGUGAGUUCAGACACCAGCGCGCUCUCCUACGACUCAGUCAAGUACACGCUGGUGGUGGAUGAGAACGUGCAGCUGGAGCUGGUCAGCCUCAAGCAGUGCUACUCAGGCUACAGUGACGAGAGCGACUCGGCCACUGUCUAUGACAACUGCGUCUCCUCGCCCUACGAAUCGGCCAUCGGCGAGGAGUAUGAGGAGGAUGCGCUGAAGCGUGACUCUGUCUGUCUCUCGGAGGACUCCACCCCUGAAGCAGACAUCCACUUCUCCAAGAAGUUCCUCAAUGUCUUCAUGAGUGGCCGGACACGCUCCUCCAGUGCCGAGUCCUUUGGCUUGUUCUCCUGCAUGAUCAACGGGGAGGAGCAGGAGCAGACCCACCGUGCUGUCUUUAGGUUUGUGCCUCGCCACGCGGAUGAGCUGGAGCUGGAGGUGGAUGAUCCUUUGCUGGUGGAGGUGCAGGCAGAAGAUUAUUGGUACGAAGCCUACAACAUGCGGACGGGUGACCGGGGCAUUUUUCCUGCCUACUAUGCUAUCGAAGUCACCAAGGACCCAGACCAUGUAACAGCUCUGGCCAAGAGCAGUGACUGGGUGGACCAGUUUCGGGUGAAGUUCCUCGGCUCGGUGCAGGUUCCCUAUCACAAGGGCAAUGACGUGCUAUGCGCGGCCAUGCAGAAGAUUGCCACCACACGCCGCCUCACUGUGCACUUUAACCCACCCUCCAGCUGCGUCCUGGAGAUCAGCGUGCGUGGGGUCAAGAUCGCCGUGAAAGCUGAUGACUCCAAGGAGCACAGCAAGGUAAACAAGUGUAGCCAUUUUUUCCAGCUGAAGAACAUUUCCUUUUGUGGGUACCAUCCAAAGAACAACAAAUAUUUUGGGUUCAUCACCAAGCACCCUGCUGACCACAGAUUUGCCUGUCACGUCUUUGUCUCGGAGGAGUCCACGAAGCCGCUGGCAGAGUCUGUAGGGAGAGCUUUUCAGCAAUUCUACAAGGAGUAUGUGGAGUACACGUGCCCCACGGAGGACAUCUACCUGGAGUAAGGGCUGGCACGGGCAUCUCCUGCACAGCCAGGGCUGCAGUCUUGCCCCUUUCCCGUGUUGUGUGUGCAUGGACAAGAGCUGCUUUGAGCCUGGAGGAGGAGCGGGCCCGGGGCAGGGCUCCAGGGGCACGGAGCACCGCCUCUUUUCCUGACUCCCCCUCCUCGGGCUGGGAGGGACGGGAGGGGGGAGGGCUGGACAAAUUGUGUUUAUUGUAUAAAAUACUCUUAGUUUAUUCUAUUGGUGAAGCACCCGCUGAGUGCCCUGCCUCUGAGUGGUGGGAGGGGUGAGCAACAGCGUGCUCGGGCCCCUUCUUGCUGCAGGCUGGGGUGACAGCAUCUCCUCCUCGUGACCGUGGCCCAGCUUCCCGUCACAUCCCUCUGGGGUGACUUUUAACGCAGUGGCAGAGUUGGACUCUCGCAGUGUGAAGGCACAGCAGCUACA